GCGCAGAGAAGACUACGCGUAGAAGAGAAGGAGAGAGAGGGAGGGAGGGAGAGAAACAGUUAGAAAACAGAAGGAGGAACAACAUGGACACAAGCAGGAUCUUUAUGUUGUGUGUGUGAAGCGGUGCUGCGGUGUGGUGGGAUUGAAACCCUCCUCUGGCGCACAGCCGCUCCGUUAUGUCGAGGAGAAUAAACCCAGGGAAUGGAGGCAAUCUUCAGGAAGGCUGCUUCUGAUCAGCUGCGUCGUGCUGUCAGUGAUCCGGGAUCGAACUACAACACUAGGGCAGAAAACCCGAGGAUGGUGGAGCUCAUGUAACACGGGAGUCGUCGCGCUCUCCAUCGAGCCACGCUCAAAGUUUUUUUUUUUCUUCUCAGGGCGAGAGGAAAUUUUUUUUUUUCGUGCAUUGGAAUUCCUGUGGACGGGAUGUCAUCCUCUGGCUGACUGCUGCUCCUCCAGCUGCUGCUGCGGAGGGAUCCCCACACCGAGGAGAAGAUGGGAGAUGCGGCAGACGACAGAGGGAUGAGACGGACCUUCAUCGUCCCCGCCAUCAAGAGCUUCGACUACUACGACUUCACCAGGGCCAAGGUCUCCUGCAGCCUGACGUGGCUGGUGGCCAAGGCUUUCGGCUCGGAUGCCAUACCAGAGGACCUGGCUGAGCCUUUCUACAGGGACCAGUACAACCAGGAGCACCUGAAGCCGCCGGUGGCCUGCCUGCUCCAGUCCGCAGAGCUGUACUGCCGGGCGGGGAGCCUGAUCCUCCGAAGCGAUGCCGUCAAACCUUUACUGGGACACAACGCUGUCAUCCAGGCCCUGGCUCAGAAGGGCCUAUACGUCACUGACCAGGACCGACUGGUCACAGAGAGGGACCUGACCAACACGCCUAUAAACAUGAGUUCCCAUCUGGCGCUCAUUGAUACCCUGAUGAUGGCGUACACCGUGGAGAUGGUGAGCGUGGAGCGGGUGAUGUCCUGCAUUAACCGUUACUCCUCCGCCGAACCCUCACGCACCGACGGACAACUCCAGGAGCUGCCUUAUGACACCGAGGAUGCAAUCACCACCUGGAUAAAUAAGGUGAAUGAACACCUAAGAGACAUCCUCGUGGAGGAGCAGAAGCUGAGAGAAUCUUCCGUCCAGGAGUCAAACACAGCAACACAGAAAGCUCGCUACAGGAGGGAGUACGGCCAGCAGCGGAGCACUCCAUUGCUCCCCCUGGUGGACAACCUCCUGAAGGACAACACAGAUGGCUGUGCCCUGACCGCCCUGCUGCACUUCUACUGCCCAGAGGCCAUCAGACUGGAAGAUAUCUGCCUCAAGGAGACCAUGUCACUGGCUGACAGUUUGUACAACCUCCAGCUGGUGCAGGAGUUCUGCAAGAACAACCUCAACCACUGCUGCCACUUCAGCCUGGAGGACAUGCUCUAUGCACAUGCAUCCAUAAAGAGUAACUAUCUGGUCUUUAUGGCUGAGCUCUUCUGGUGGUUUGAAGUGGUUAAACCCUCGUUUGUGCAGCCCAGAGUCUUCGACCCCAACGCCUGUGAGCCGGUGUCCUCUAAGAACAUGGCUCCUGUGUCCAGUCCAGUCAAACAGAGCUAUGCAGACAGACUUGAGAGUCCAGAGAACAUCCCUGUUGAGGGUAUAAUGAAGAGAUCUACCUCCAUUUCCUAUGUGGAUGGAUGUGUCGGGACGUGGCCCAAAGAGAAACGCUCCUCCUCUCGUGGAAUCUCCUUCGAGAUCCCUCUGGACGGAGACCCGACGUUGCCGCCCUGCGAAGCCCCCUCCCUCCGGGGUAUGACACGCUCGGCCAGCAGUGACGGUCUUGGGUUCAAAGUUCACUAUGCAUCCCGAGAAGGCAUGAAGCGCCACCUCUCCCUCAUCCCUGUCAGUGUCAAUGGUCAGAGCAGACACAUACCGGAGGAGGAGGAGGACCUAACCCCCCACAAACCCCUGGGGCGCAAUAACACAUUCUCAGUCAAGAACCAAAGCAGGUAUUCUAAUGGAGACCUCCCAGACAGCAACCACAGCGGCCACAUCAGCCCAUCGACCCCUCCGAGUAUUGAAGAGGCCCUGAAAAUUAUCCAUGACACAGAAAGGCCUCAUGCUAGCCUGGGUGUGGGGGAAAGAGACAAUUGCUUCUUUCUCCACAGUGCAGAGCCUUCGGACCCUCCAGGUGCCCAAGGUCAAGGAGAUGACUUGGGGUCAGCUAAGGCUCGGCUGAACGACCACGACCCCAACUCGUUGUCCACCGAUGAAGUUGACACGGGCAUCCAUGUGAGGACAGAGGACAUCCAGAGCUUGGAUGAGGACUCCUCCUCUUUGAGAGACUAUUCAGACAUAGACCCAGACUGUGAUACCAUGACCAGGUCGUGCCCCCUGCCUGAGCAGCCAGAGAGGACGAGGAGCAGGGAAGCAGGGCCCAAAGCAGUUGGUGACACUAAUCCUGACACUGAGAGGGGAGAUGGAGCUGACAGAAGCCACCCCUGCCCCAGCUCGGCACCCAUACUCCACAGAUCUCACACUCUCAGCCCCGCCUCGUCCUCUGCCGGCUCUGGAGGAGGCAUGGUGCGGAUGACGAGUUUCGCAGAGCAAAAAUUCAGGAAGCUGGAGGGGAGGAGUAGUGGAGGAACCACGCCAGAGAGCACAGAUCUAAAUGUACCGUACACACACGCAAUGAAAAACAUUCCUUCUCAGAUCUCUACGCCUCCUUUGCCCAUCACUUCUCCCUCCCCAGUGACGCCUUCCCCCAGAGACCCAUCCCACAUUAUAGCCACAGAGAUGAUCCAGCUGAGGAUGAAGCUUGAGGAAAAACGCAGAGCCAUUGAAGCCCAGAAGAAGAAGGUGGAGGCAGCUUUUACUCGCCAUCGCCAGAGGAUGGGCAGAACAGCUUUUCUGAAUGUCGUGAGGAGGAAAGGAGUCACCGCCCCCCUCAGCCCCGGCUCAGGCGGAGCAGAAACACCUUCCCCUGAGCCGCUCACGCCCUUAAAGCAAAGCAGCCACGGCAGCAUGGAUCGGGCAGAGAGAUGCAAACCAGACGGAGCAGCUCCGAAAUCCCCCUGUGAGGAUGGCGGAGGUGUGACUCCAGGAGAAAUCGACCUUGCAGAAUACACGCGUUCCAUCGAGAGGCUGAACACGUCCCUGGGCUUCCUGCAGACAGAAAUGCAGCGUUUGGCCCAGCAGCAGGAGAAGAUCAUGUCCAUGAAAGAUCAGCAACAACAAUCCUGGGUGAUCCCUCCUCCUGCUCCAUCUCCGCACAGGCAGCUCCGUGAGUUGCGCAGCAGCAGUGUAACAGGCAGAGGCUCGGUUGGGUCUUUGUCUCCCAUCCUGUCUUCUACCAGCUCCCCCCGCGCUCCCAAUCGUUCCCCUGCCGGCAUCAAACGCCGGCCAGCCUCUUUCCAUGCCAGGACCCCGCGGACUCCACGGCCCAAUGAUCUAAAAGUCACCCCCUUCAGCAGAAUGCUCAACACCCCCACUUCAGUGGACAGCUUACCCAGACUGAGGCGUUUCACUAGCAGCCAAAGCCAAAGCAGCUCUUUUGCCUAUUUUGGCCACGAUGAGGGAUCCAGGGAAAGAAAGAACCAAGAGGCCAAGGAUGACAAAGAAAACAGUGAAGUCAAAGACGAGACGGCGGCAAAGAAUAGCGCUUCCACUCAUCAUCCUCCGACUAAACAAACAACCAAAGAGAAGGCAGGUGAGCGACAGGUGGAGAAGAAAGAGGCCGAGCAGGCUCAGUCAAAGAAUGUAGUCAAACAAUCGAGGAACUCGGAGGUGUUGCGUCAGCCGACGUCUGAGAUCCAAGGGGCCGCCGGCGGCCGGACCAAAGCAGACCCUCAGGGCCGGGGAGAACUGGUGGAGGUGCCUCUGUCUGGGCUGAAUCCUCCAGAAGGCCACCGCAGGGAGGCGACAGGAGAGGGGGAAAGCGGAGGAGAUGCUUAUGGUGACGAUCAGAAGAUGUGCUGUGGAUUCUUCUUCAAGGAUGAUGUGAAAGGGGAAGAGGACAUGGCAGCAAAGAAAGCAGCACUGCUGGAGAAGAGGCUGAGGAGGGAGAAGGAGGCUCAGGAGAAGAAGCAGCAGCAGGAACUGGACCAGGAGCAGAAUAGAGAGGCUGCACGACUGAAAGCGGAGGAGGAGCAGCAGAAGAAGGAUGACGAGAAAGCCAGGAGGGACUACAUCAAGCACGAGUAUCUGAGGAGGAAGCAGCUCAAACUGAUGGAGGAUAUGGACCAAGUCAUCAAGCCUCGAUCGGGGAGUCUCAAGAAGAAGCCACGCCCCAAGUCCAUCCACAGGGACGUCAUGGAGCCGUCGAAUCCCCCUGUGAGAGGGGUGCGUCCUCGAGGCUUCUCCGUGUCCAGUGUUUCUUUGGCGUCUCUCAACCUCACUGACAACGGUAGAGACCAGCCGGAUAACAGGAAGAACAACAGAGGCAAUAAAAUAGCGUCUGCACAUAUCCCGUUCUUUCUAAGCUCUCCCAAAGAAAGAAAGGGAAGGCCUGACUCUGCCGAGGGUUUUUCUUCUUGUCCUUCGGCCGGUAGUCGUAACGGAGAAAAGGAUUGGGAGAAUGAUUCCACCACCUCCUCCACUCCCUCCAAUGCUGAAUACACAGGACCCAAACUCUACAAGGAGCCCAGUGCCAAGUCCAACAAGCACAUCAUCCAGAACGCCCUGGCUCACUGCUGCCUGGCUGGCAAAGUCAACGAAGGGCAGAAAAACAAGAUACUUGAUGAAAUGGAAAAAUCUGAAGCCAAUAACUUCCUGGUGUUGUUUCGUGACGCCGGCUGCCAGUUCCGGUCUGUGUACGCCUACUGCCCCGAGACCGCAGAGAUCACCCGACUGGCAGGUAUCGGGCCCAGGAGCAUCACCACCAAGAUGAUCGAGGGCCUGUACAAGUACAACUCGGACAGGAAGCAGUUCAGCCUGAUCCCAGCCAAAACCAUGUCCGCCAGUGUGGACGCCAUCACCAUAGCCAGCCAUCUUUGGCAGAUCAAGAAGCAGGGCACACCCAAAAAGCUGCACCCCAAGUAGCGGCAGAUGGUCUAGCAACAUUUGGACACAGUCCUCUGAAAAGAACAUAAAAUAUUUGUGGAUUUUACUGUUUCGUUAAAGGGACACGUCUCACUGUUAUAAAUCACAACUGGAAUGUCGAGCACAAGUGGGCUUCUCAGACAAUGCAGAGCUCACUGUUAGGACUCUCUGUACUUGUGAGCAUGUGUAUCAAUGUUCUUGUGUGCCAAAAAAAAAGAAAACCAUAGGCGGACCAAUGCCUUACCUAGUUGAACCACUGAAGCACUGAAUGUCACGCCUCCUGAAGAGGUCGUUUGGUUUCUAUAAGUUGAACAUGUGUGGCCUUAUGCUUGCUUUGUGUCAUUUGGAUGCACUGUGUGUGUUGGUGUCAUUUUGUCAGCGCCUGUUGAACAAGUCUGUUGUGGUACAGGAGAGGCUGUUGUGUACACACAGAUCUGGGAUCAGAUUACGACCCCCUAUGUGGACAUUUAAAGGGUGGCACGUCGGAUCUGUGAUCAGGUAGACGCAGCAUUUUUUUGAUGAGGGUAUUGCUGCUAUAAAGGCAUGUGUUGUUUUUUUUUAUACUUGUGACUGAAAAACGUAUGAACAGUUCCAAUUCGUGUAAGUGUGUGUAAAGUGAAGUGCCAUGAAGAGCGAGGAAAAUACCUCAGUCAGCGUUUGCAAUUACUUUCCAAAAGUGUCAAGUGAUGAAAUUAUUGAGCGAAUGCAGAACCGCCAGAUAAUUCUGCAGUAGUCUCUUAAUUUAUUAUUAAAGAAGACAUGUUUCAGAUUUUCUGUAGAGAAACAUAAAAUACUAUACAUAUAUAAGUUAAAUUAGUUUGUAUAUAAUGGCAGAUCCACUCGAAAGUCAGCUUGUAGUAGCUUUUGAGUAGCUUUUAUAAUUUAUACGUGUGUCAGUAUGUCGUCGUUUGGGGCCUUUUAUUGUUCCACAAAUGCAAAACCAAGUGUGAUCACUCCACAGUAUCACUCAUGAGACUAUCAUCACUAUUAGAAUAGACAGAAACCCCUUACUGUGUCAUCAUGGACGUGUGCAAUGACCUAAUAGUAAUUCAAAUCACCACCACUGACCAUGCUGGAGUCAGAAUUAAGUACUACACACUCAAAAUGUCACUUUAAUGUGGAUAUUGCCUUCACUAUUAGAUCUCCACUCCCCUCCGAGUAUAGUCCACAGUUGUAAAUAAAUGAAUUCACCUAUGAUAGCACUUCUCUGUCCCUCGUCAUCAAGUCUAAUCGGAGAUUAGGACUGUCCUGUUUGUUACUUUACUUUUACGUUACUGUUACAUCUGUUAUCAUGUGUUCAGUCUUCAGUAUGUGUUAACACUGUACAGAUAUAUUUUGGCAUAAAGAAGUAUUUUUUGUAACGCCAUUUACCAGUUGGAGGUGUGUACCUAUGAAGCAGCAGUAGAAGGACGCAUGUUGAGAGGGGUGUGGCUGAGUGAGCGAGGUUUAUAGAGUCUUCAUGAGGCUUUAUUGUGGUAUUGUAUGAAAUCCAGUGUUAAACUGAGAAAAUCAUGCUAUUUCUUUUUCCAAUUCUGGAUUUAUUUUCUUUUUCAUUUAACUAAAUAUGCUCAACUUUUCAUGGAUUUUUGUUGUUUUUCUAUUUCUUUGAGCUUUAUUAAAAUG